GCUUGAAACUCACCGCAGAUCAUUGGCUUGAAGCAUCUGAACGGAAACGGAAGUAGGCUCACAUCUUUUGAAGAUGAGUUCCACUACCUUGGAAGUUCCGAAAGCAGUGCCAGAGGAGAAAACAGCCGAAGGAGAGAAAACGCCAAAAUCUCGGCUUAGUUCGUUUUCUUGGCUGUCGAAAGCUAAUUUGUUUAUGAAAAUGCCCUGCGCGUGUAACCGGAACAACUGGAGGCGAUGGAUCCGACCCCUGCUCGUACUUAUUUAUGUAGUUUCCAUCCUGAUCUCGGUUCCCCUGUGUAUUUGGGAACUUCAGAAACUGAAGGUUGGAAUACACACUAAAGCAUGGUUUAUUGCUGGUAUCUUUCUGCUGCUGACGAUACCUGUGUCCCUCUGGGGGAUUCUGCAACAUUUGGUGCAUUACACACAACCCGAACUUCAAAAACCUAUUAUAAGGAUUCUUUGGAUGGUCCCAAUAUACAGUUUGGAUAGUUGGUUGGCUUUGAAAUAUCCCAAAAUUGCCAUAUACGUGGAUACCUGGAGGGAGUGUUAUGAAGCGUACGUCAUUUAUAACUUUAUGAUAUUCCUUAACAACUACCUAACCAUCCGAUUCCCAAACGUGAUGUUACACCUGGAAGCUAAAGACCAGCAACAGCAUCUCCCUCCACUAUGCUGCUGUCCACCGUGGGCUAUGGGAGAAAUGCUGCUCUUUCGAUGCAAACUAGGAGUAUUGCAGUACACUGUGGUCAGACCAAUUACCACUGUUACAGCAUUGAUAUGUGAGAUUGUUGGUGUCUACGAUGAAGGGAACUUUAGUUUCUCCAACGCUUGGACUUACUUGGUUAUAAUAAAUAAUUUGUCACAACUGUUUGCCAUGUACUGUCUCCUGCUGUUUUACAAAGUGCUAAAGGAAGAACUCAGCCCUAUACAACCUGUUGGCAAAUUUCUUUGUGUCAAACUCGUAGUCUUUGUCUCGUUCUGGCAAGCAGUACUUAUAGCUUUGUUGGUUAAGGUUGGCGUUAUUUCAGAAAAGCGUACGUGGGAAUGGCAAAGUGCGGAAGCUGUGGCCACAGGCUUGCAGGAUUUCAUCAUCUGCAUCGAAAUGUUCUUUGCGGCGAUAGCCCAUCAUUACUCCUUUUCCUAUAAACCCUACGUGCAAGAGGCAGAGGAAGGCUCAUGCUUUGACUCUUUCCUUGCUAUGUGGGAUGUGUCGGAUAUCAGAGAUGAUAUUUCUGAACAAGUAAGACGAGUUGGGAGAACAAUGCGAGGUUAUCCAAAAAAAAAAUGUUUUCCUGAAGACCCGGAGCACACUGAACACACAAGCCUGCUUUCCUCAUCGUCACAAGAUGCAGUUUCUGCAGGUUCAAAGCCGUCCUCCCCCCUGGGCCAGUAUCAGGGCUUUGGACACACGAUUACUCCACAGAAUGUGGCUGCUGCAUCCAAACUAUGUGAAGACAUCAUGAUUGAUCUCCCAGAAGAGCAGGAGCCUUCUGAUGCAGGCCAACAAGAAGACUCAGAAGACACAGUUACUUCACAGGAUACACUUUCUACAGCCAGGCUGUGUGAAGAUGACAUCCAAGAAGAGCAGGAGCCCCCCGACACAUCAACGGACUCUUAAAGUUGCCACAAUCCUCUUUGUGUAUAGGCUCAAGAUCUGGACAGUUCAAAAUGUUGGAAAAUUUCAAAGAUAGGCAAAAACCAGAUAUAACUACUAUAUAUAAUAUACACACACAUAUAAUACUAAUAUACACAUGUUAGUAUAUAUAUUUGUAUGUUUUAUAUAUCACAAAUAACAUUUAAAUUUCCUAGGCUUUGGCUUUCUUAAACUGCUAUGGCAUCAUAAAUUCAAACAGUAAGUAACAACUUCAGCUAAACACUCUUGUAUUUCACAAGAGGAUGGAAAAUUGAAAAAAAAAAAAUCAGUGCUUCUUACCACUGCAUGAAUGUAAUGCUCUGGACUGAAAAUGAAAAUGUACAUAUAAAUUCAGAUUAAUUUAAUUUAAUCAUAAUCAUGUGCCAUUUAAGUUUACAUAAUUAUACUUAAAUUACAUGUCUUUCAAUAAAUGCAAUACCAUUUUCUGAAA